AUGAGGGCCACGACUUUUGCUGCCUUAGCUCUUGUCAGUCUUGUAUUCUUCACAAUUCUUCUAACUUCACCAGACAAGACUUCCGGAUUUCGGCUACGCAAAGUCGUCAGGAAGGUAGCGAAACCGGUGGAAAAAGUGGUGGAGAAACCGGUGAAAAAAUUGCUGAAAGCCGUAGGCCCCAAGAGAGUUCGCAAGACCUACAAAGAAUUUAAACAAGAAGUUGUUCAUUCUAAAGUUACUUUCACCGCCGAUUCGUACCGAGUGGAAAAGAUUGUUCCCUGCCCCGAUGGACAACAUGACAUAAUGGACGCAGAACAGCCCGUUGAGAUUUACUUUGAAGACGGCGUGAAAAUUAUACAAGAUCGAUACUGCAGAAAAUGUGGCCAGCAUUUCUUUAGUGAAGGCGAGCGAAAGGAUGAACUGUGA